CUUCACUCAGACUGCUGGUCCCUUUCCUUCUUACACUUGUUGGAAGCGUUAUCCAGAAUCUUCAUUCGCUUAACUGCGAUCGAUCCCUGCUUGAGCCCUGGAUGUGCGCUCUGUAUACCUUCAGGAACACUGUCUCCACAAGCAUCUGAUCUUACGGUCCCUGUCACUUAGGAAAGGAGUUUCCAGAAUGGCCCAAAUCAGCCUUCAGACCAGCUCCAAAUGUCUCGCUUCCGGGGCUUGAGCCAGUUUCGUCUGCCUUAUCCGCUUUUUCUCAGGGACCGUAAAUAUAUCAUCAGGUUAACGAUAACAACCUGGGUGACCGGAGUCCUAUCUGCAGGGAACUGGCGAGAGAGAUACAAAUCAGGGGUGUAUUCCUUCCUUCCUUCCUUCCUUCCUUCCUUCCUUCCUUCCUUCCUUCCUUCCUUCCUUCCUUCCUUCCUUCCUUCCUUCCUUCCUUCCUCUUUCUCUGUCUCCCUUUCCUCCUGCCUGCUUCGUAACAUUCUUCUUUUUUGGUGGAAUGACAGCACUAAACUCCCUCCCGCCCCCCGUUCCCGUGUCUUGCGGCUGCCUUUUCUAGCUGCGUCCUUUCUAGUACUUCUCGGCAGCGCGAAAACUUUUAAACGUCGUUUCGCGAGUUCAAGCAAAGAAGACUCGGACGAGAGAAGUUUCAACAAGAGUUGUUGGACUAAAAAAAAAAAAGAAUGAAAAAAACCCAUUGCUUCUCCACUCCGACACGGCACCAUUCCAUCUCCAGUCCUCACAUGGUCCCCUCCUGUUGUUUUUUUAAAAAUAAUAUCACCAAGGAUUCAUGAUUCUUUGCAUUCUCAGCAGACGUCUCUCUCCCUCCGCCCCCUCAAGUUUUACUUUGGGAAUGAGAAGACUAUGGGGGAAUACCUGCCUAACUAAACUUGCCACUAGCACUCAGCCGCACGGGCCAACCGUAGGAUUCGGGAUCUUGGACAGGAUGGAAGACCGAAAGGAGAUGCAUGUCUCUGGUCGCCCGGCAAACUAAGGAGGGUGAUAAGUCAAGUUGGCCAUCUCAACAAGUUCUAUCACCUUCACCAACCAUUCCUUCACUAUUAAUCACCUUGACCCAAGGCGGAAGAAUACUUGAUCCUUUGCUAAGGUUCUUAGCCUGAGGAACUAACUCAUCUGUAUUGUAUUCAUAUUAAGAGUGUUAUUAGAGGAAAAUACUAUUGAAACAGUGACGGACUCUUCCUUGGACACCCUCUUCUUGAUCUGCAACUGAAGAAUAUUUAUGAAGAAUCAAAAAUGAAUUUGGAACAAGAGAGACCUUUUGUCUGCAGUGCCCCAGGCUGUUCACAGCGCUUUCCAACAGAGGACCAUCUGAUGAUCCACAGUCACAAGCAUGAAAUGACUUUGAAGUUUCCUUCACUAAAAACAGACAACAUGUUAUCAGACCAAACUCCAACACCAACCCGGUUCUUAAAAAACUGUGAGGAAGUGGGACUCUUCAGUGAGAUAGACUGCAGCAUAGAGCAUGAGUUUAGAAAGGCACAAGAAGAAGACAACAACAACAACAAUAAAACGAGGAGAAGAAAAAAAAUCAUCGAAAUUCUUAAAGAAGGAAUCGAAAGUCCCUGUACUUAUCUUAAUAACAAGAUGGCUCUGAAUGUUCCAAUGCAUAACAGUGUGGGAGAUACCAUGACAGCAUCAGGGGUGCACCAGCACUCUAAUCCCAGGAUGCCAAACCACGACACCAGCAUUGUGAUUCAACAAGCCAUGCCAUCACCACAAUCAAGUUCAGUCAUAACACAAGCACCUUCAACAAAUCGGCAGAUUGGGCCUGUUCCAGGCUCCUUAUCAUCACUGCUACACCUGCACAACCGUCAAAGACAGCCCAUGCCUGCUUCUAUGCCUGGGACUUUACCUAAUCCUACAAUGCCUGGAUCCUCUGCUGUCUUGAUGCCAAUGGAAAGACAUAUGUCUAUGAAUUCAAGUAUCAUGGGAAUGCAAAGUCCAAACCUCAGUAAUCCAUGUGCUUCACCUCAAGUUGCUCCAAUGCAUUCAGAAGCUAAAAUGAGGUUGAAAGCAGCUUUGACUCAUAUUCCUGCGGGCAUCUCCAAUGGAAAUAUGAACACCAUGGGUCAUAUGAUGGAAAUGAUGAGCUCUCGACAAGACCAACCAGCCCACCAUCAUAUGCACUCACAUCCACAUCAACACCAGACCCUUCCACCCCAUCACCCAUAUUCCCAUCCUCAUCAACACCCAGCACAUCAUUCACAUCCUCAUCCUCAUCACCAGCACCCGCACCAUCAUUCUCAUUCACAUCUUCAGGCCCACCCAGCACAUCAUCAGACUUCGCCACAUCCGCCACUGCAUUCAGGCGGGCAAGCACAGGUAUCAGCAGCAGCUCAACAAAUGCAAGCCACACAGAGCCUACAACCACCACAGCCCACCGGUGGUCGUCGAAGAAGAGUGGUGGAUGAAGAUCCAGAUGAAAGACGAAGGAAAUUUCUGGAACGAAAUCGAGCAGCUGCCACACGAUGCAGACAGAAGAGGAAAGUUUGGGUGAUGUCACUGGAAAAGAAAGCAGAAGAACUGACCCAGACAAAUAUGCAACUUCAGUCCACCCAUUUAACAAAGUGCAGCCUCUGGAAUACCGCUCAAAAGAAUGAGGUUUCCAUGUUGAAAAAUGAGGUAGCACAGCUGAAACAGUUGCUGUUAACCCAUAAAGACUGUCCCAUAACAGCCAUGCAGAAAGAAUCACAAGGAUACCUAAGUCCCGAAAAUAGUCCUCCUUCUAGUCCUGGUCCAGCCUGUUCACAGAAACAAGUCAUUCAGCAGAAUACCAUUACUACUUCCUCUGCCGUCAGUGAUGUUGGAGGCUCCACUCUCAGCCAGCUUGCAAGCCAUCAAAAAGACAUGAACCCAGUCCUUUAAAAUUAAGUAGUUAAACAACUGUGAUGAUAAAUAGGAUAGCCUAUCAGGUUUCUUUUCUGCUAAAGGCAUUGCAUUCUCAAGAUUAUUUCUGAUUUGAAGGACUCUUCAGCCCCAAAAGACUUAUGAGUUUGAUUUUUUUUAAUUAUUAAAACAUUGUUUAUGCUUAGUAAUAAUAAAGGGAUUUAUGCAAUGAUUAUGCUAUCAGCUUGGGAGAUGCUUGGUGCUUUCUCUAAUUUUCUGGUACCGGUUUCUUCUUCAUUUGUUUGUAACCUAACUGUUUCUGUACAUAGCAAUGUUCCUUCUUAUCAUUGUUAGUUGGCACCACCAAAGCAUCUUAUAACAAUAUCAUUAGCCAAAAAUUGAAGCUUAAAAACAUGAAACAGCCAUACACUUGUUGACAGUGCAAUAAGUACAUGGUUUUUCAGCGCCAUUAAACUCUCAAUCAUACUUACAGCUUUGCAAAUCAUUAUUCUGCUUUGAAAAUGUUUCUAUAUCUGUUGGAAUUACAGCCUUGGGGUUCUGCUUUCAGCUUAUUUUCUCUUUUUUCUGAGCUUGGAACUGAUUAUGAAAGAGUUUCAAAGUAUUCAGUAUUUCUGAAAUUUUCUGAAAAGAGGAGGGUGAAUCCAAUUUUUCUCAGCCUACUGUUUUUAGAAAAGUUUGAAUGUUGGCAGAAAGGGUGUGCCUAUCUAGAGAUUAUUUUUUAAUAUCAGCCUUUCGCUUACCAAAUAGUUAUGGAUUUUUGCUUACCACUAGGAUACUCAUGUAAAAAUGGAAUAUUCAUGCAAAACAUGAAAUGUUUAAAUUGGGUAUGGGUUUUGAGUUUCUUUUGGAAGAGUUUUCUUUUUCUUCCUUUUUGUGACCUUCCUCUGCACUUUUCUAUUUCCCUUAUAAACCAUAUAAUUGUAAGUUGUCUUUUUACAAAAUCUUUAUGGUAUUUCAUACUAAACUCUUGCUUUUUGCUGCUUGCAGUUUCUAUGUAACGUUGAAGACGCAUUGACAUUGAUGAAAAGCUUUGCAGAUUCACCAGCUAUUUUCUCAAAAGUAUUUACUAGUUCACACUUUUCAGCAGCCUCUGCUCCACAGCUGUGUGGAGGCUUUAUUUUCUCUGAAACACUUUUUAUGGUGUUUUAAUAAACAGUGAAGGUUGAAAUCAGUUUUACCUCAGGUAAAGCUACUAAUAGUAUCACAGUGCUAGUGGAAAGAAGCCCUGUAAAAUUGUUCCUGUAAGAAUCCAUAGCACUGAAAAAUAGUAAAUAUCACUCUCUCAGCACUAUGCUUUUUGUUAACAAGAAAAAUGGUCAUCAUUUGUAGGUAUUGUAGCUGCACUAAGUCACUAAUUCAGUGACUAAUAUUAUCACCGAAUUGAGUUCACCAAAUAUAUUAAGUCAUAUGGUUGGUUGCUUUUGGUUUAACAUUAUAUGUAAACCCAGCCAUUAAGUCUUGUAAGGAAUAAUUUAGCACAAAAUAUUGUGUGAACCCAGUUGGUUUUGGUUCAUUGAAUAAACUAUGAUUUUACAAAUAAGUAUCUGAAAGUAACAAAGGAAACCACAGAGAACAAUCUGCUUACACUUAAGCAACUUUGGGUAAACAAAUUGUGUAGGUCAGUGACACAAUGCCAUGUUAACACAGGCAUCACAGGAUGGGUAUCACGCUCUGCCUCUAAUUAGCUUGUGAAAGAGGGUGCUUUAAAAUCAAUAAUUGGGAAAUGGUAUUUCUUAUGAGAUACUAAUAAGGUCUUCUUUAUGGUAUAAGAUUCAAAGUUUUAGCAUAUUUCCAAAUAAAACUAUUCAUUCAAACAAUUCAGAAUUAAUUUCCUAAAAUUAAAGAUUAGGUCCAAAACAAAACUUGAGCUAUCCUUAAGAAUCGCUGGUGAUCAAUCUAGAUACCUAUUUUAACCAGUGGUCUGAUUUUAUAUAAGGAAGUUUUCAGUGUUGUUAAAAGGACACAGUUCCAAAUAAAUUUUCUCCAAAAAGAUUUUUAAAAAACCAUUCAGGUGAAUUUCAAGUCAUGAAAUUGAUCAUUUUGAAAAGUGAAGUAAGAUGCUAUGUGUAAGUUUUAGAAGAACUCAUCCUUGAUAAUAAUACUAAGGUUAUAUUAUAUCUGACCUCAGGUUUAGAAUAUGCAUUUUGAACAGGAUUAAAUACCAGAUAAACUGGCUAUUUUCAUAUAUUUUUAAAAUAUAUAUUUUUAAAAAAUGCAUUUUGGGAAAAAUUGCAUUUUUGCUAAAACUAAUCAAUAUUUUAGCAGCUAGGAACAACUCAAAUACUGCUGCUCUUUUUAAUCUACCUUUUCCUUUUAUAAAAGUUUACAAUUAAACAGUAUAAUAUGUUAGUAUUUUACGUAUACUAAUGGAUACAAAUGAUACAAAUGUACUUUACAGCACAAAGAAGGUGCUGGAAAAUUCAAGAAAAUUUUCAGUAGAAAGUAGACAGGUUUGAAAAUUACUGGGAUGUGGGGUUUUUUUUGUUGUUGUUCAAGAUUUAAGAGUAUAUGUAACUUGGUUUGCCCGUUGUAGAUUCUAAUUCAGCUAUAAUUACUUGUGACAAAGUUGCAUGAAAUCAAUGGAAUCAUGUUUGUUAUAGCUCUUCAUUUUGACUCCUUUCACAGGAAUAUGCAUCCUAAUCCUUUGUAAAUUUCACUUAAAGAAAGUUCUGCAGUGAACAAGGGGCUCUUUCCCCAAAUAAUUGUGCUGACAACUGUGGACUAAAAUUGCAGAUCUGUACAUUCUAUAGAUUUGGAUAAGGCUGAAGGCUCAUCCGCGAGCAGAGUUAUCUAAACUAGCUGUGGAAACUUCCACAAAUAUUUUACUGCCAGAUCUGGGCUACAAAAAGCCAGAUGAGAUACCAAAAAAAAAAAAAAAGCUAUACAAAAUGCCACUGGAAAUCAGCAAAAAGAUAAAGAAAACAAAUUCACUUUUUUGCAACUUAGACGUGGUAGUAAACAUGGUAGUAGCAUUGUCUGGCCAUUGAUCCCAAAAUGAAAUGUUUUAAAAAUAGAGUAGAACAGGCUGAAUUCAGAAUUUGUUAUACCUUCAGAAAUCAAACUUCACUAAUAUACCAACCAAGUUAUUUUUUACAAACUAGUAAACUACAAAUAUUUCUAAAUUAUAUUCUUUUUAUAAAUAAAAUAGCAGGGAAGCAGAAGAAAUAUAAAUACUGCUGAAAAGUUUUUUAAAAAGAAAAACAACAAUAGAGAUAUCAAAAACAUAAGCCUUUUAUUAUAUUGUAUUAAUUAAUGCUAAAAAGAUACAAUACCUGUAAAAUAUCAAUGGCUGUGAAGAAAUUCUGUUGAAAUACAGAACUUUGAAAACAUAGUCACCAUAUUGAUUCUUUACGUUGCUAGAAAUGCAAAAGGUUCUGUAUACGAACAGUUUUGCUGUUUAAUUUAAUGGAAUGAGCACUACAGCACAAUCUAUUCUGGAAUUUAUAGGUAGUACUACCGCUCCACUGAAGUGAAUGGCACAGCCUAAUGGGCAGCCACUACAUCUGAAAAAAUACUUUCCCGCAAGUGUUUGAAUUGGGGGAAAAACUUUACUGAAAAGGAAAGUGACAUCUGAUGUAUGUAUCAUAUUAUUCCCAGAGAUUGUAACAUACAGGGUUGACAAUGCAAAAAGUCCUGGAUAUUUUUGCCCUGAAGCCAGUAAUUCAGUGAUUCUUACUUCCUAUUGAAGUGCACAUAUAAAAUAUAUGGACUCAACACUGAGGCUGCUGUUCAUCUUAAAAUAAUUGUUUGCAUCUUUCCCUCCUCAAACUACUACUAUUUAAAUAUUUAUUAAAGAAAAGUGGAACAAAGGAAGCAGGUAUGUGUGCUCACCUGAAGCUACUAAAGAGCUCAGCAGUGCUUGAGAAAUUAAAUUAUUCUUGUGCAUGAGAUUUCAUAAGCUCAAAUAUACCUCAUUAUGUUUGUCCACUUCUUCCACUCCUGGGCAGAGUGUUAAUUUCUGGCAAGCUGGAAUAACGUCAAAGAAUUUUCAAAGAAAGCAUGCACAACUGCCUUGGAAUAAUGCACAUUUGACCAAAAUAGAACAUAAUGCCGUUUAUUUCCCCAGGAUAAACAUCAAAUCACUACUAUACAUAUAAAUACUGUUACCAACUCCAAUAUGUAAUACCCAUGAAUUAAUACAGAGCAUUCCUCCUUUAUACCAUAUUCAUCCUUACUUUAGUAUAAAUAUCACCAAACACUGUGGAGAAAUUUCUUACUCUUGGAAUCUAGAGUUCAAGUAAUUCUGAAUGCUUGACAAUCAUAUAAAGGCUGAAAGAAAGAAAAAAUUAAUCUGGGUGGUAAUUUGCAUAUUUCUAGUGAUAAAACUAAUUAACUUACCCACCAUUUCAGUUCCCUGCUAACUUUAUAUUUGAAUUAAAAUAAACUCACCCCUUUCCCAAACUUAAAGGUACAAGAUUUGAGUUCAAAAUAGUUGAAUAAUGUUAGAUGCCAUCAAACUUUUACAUUUUGGGUGUCUCUUUGUUACUCGAAGUUCUGUAGCUCAGAUCUGGCAGCCUUGCCUAAUUUACUGAGGAGAGAAUGAAGCCUAAUUACACAAAGAUUGAAACUGAAUCUUUCUGUCUGUCCAAAAACUCAAUUAAAUAUAAAGUACAAUGAGAAGGGGGGGAAAAACCCAAACACUGCAAAUUGCAAUAUUUAUCAAAAAGGGCUGGAUUGCAAUACAAAAUAUCUAUGCUACAUAAGCUUUUCUGCAAGCCAUAUUUCUAUAUUGUAAUCUAAAUGACAGUUACUUUACAGUAUUUAUUAUGAUAAUGGUGAGCUUUUUUAUUGCAUGAUUGUGCAUUUUUGUAAAAGUAUGCAAGCCAUUAAAAAAAAAUAGAAAGUGAAUGGCAAAUAAUCAAAAGCAAACAUUACAACAUAACCGCUCUUCUCUUUACUAACAAGCUAGCUAUAGCUGUAGGGUGAAAUCUAUAUUUUUUAAAAUAACAAUAUUUACUAUAUGGUGAGUAUAUAUCUGUAUUUGUGUUUUUAUAAAAAGUCUUUUAAUUA